ACGGGGGGUGGGGCGGCUAUGACUUGCGUUGGAUUUCCGGUCCCACGCGGAGUAAAACAUCAAUGGGCGAGUGAUGUCCGAACCGUCCUGUAGGUCGACUCUGCCUUAAACGAGUACCGAAUGCGAUCCGAUCUGGCACCGCGAGGAAGCGGGGAGAGAGAGAGAGAGAGAGGGGGGCCUGCGUAGCCGCAUCGCGCUCCGAACCGGGCCUCUUUGCUGGGCCCUCGCCGGCUCCCCCCUCGGAUCGACUCGGCCUUAAAACGAGUACUGCACUGGACAGCACUCUCCUCGGUGCCCUGCUGUAUACACCCGCUGCUGCUGCUGCUGCCUCGAUCUGCUGGAGAUGUCUGCAGAGGGAUCCCCCCAACUUGGGGACGGGAGGAAGGAGGACGCAGCUGAGACGAGGAGAGACACAGAGCCCACGUGUUUGUUCUGCAAGAUAGCCAAUGGACAGCAGGAGGAUUGCGAGCUCGUGUAUCAGGAUGAGCAUCUAUCGUCCUUCCGAGACAUCCACCCCGGGGCGCCGCACCACUACCUGGUGGUUCCGCGCGACCACGUGGGGAACUGCAAGUCUCUACGGAGGCGCCACGUGGCGCUGGUGAACGAGAUGGUUCGUGUUGGAAAAGAGGUACUGCAGCGACAGGGCGUGAGCGACCUGUCUGACAUCAGGCUGGGAUUCCACUGGCCACCCUUCUCUUCCGUGACUCAUCUGCACCUCCACGUGCUCGCCCCGGCCAGCCAAAUAGGCUUCUUGCGGCUCGCCUACAGGCUCAACACCUGGUGGUUUGUCACGAGUGAUCAGUUGAUCAAGAUACUCGAAGCCUUUCCAGAGGAGUCGGCAGAGGAAGGAAGCAAAGCCCACUGAGCUCAUCACUUGUUUACAAUCCACGCGCGGUGAUUACAUACAUUGAAAGCUAAUUCGCUUUGAUAUAUGGAGCUUGUUUCCACACUGCUGCUGGCUGAAGGACAUGUGCUGGUAAUUAAUUAUUGCUGCUCUUUGGUGAUUUUACAUUGUUUUCUGUCGAUUGUAAACUCUUGCAUUAAAUGUAAUAUAAGCGAUGUGCCAA